AUGGAAUGUGUUGCAGGCAAAGAUAAUAUCAACACUCUCAAAAAGAAGAUCUGGGACCGUUCACCAGCACGCUUUGAAGAUACUAUCAUUGACUACAGUGAUCUCAAGCUCUACAGCCCUGUCGUGCAACUCAAUUAUGAAGAGGAGUUUGAUGUGAAAAAUGGUGAAUUCCUACGCCCACGCCGAAUGAUCACGUCCAACCCACUCUUCCCCGAAAGCAAGGAUCCAGAUGUGGAUAUUGUUGUUGUUGUGAGCGGAGGUGCCACUACACAGAAACGGAAGUGCUCGGAAUCACGAAAUGCGAAUAUACCUCGGAAACUGCCCAUCACACAGCAUCAGUUGAUAUGCCCUCGAGAACGUACAGUGUCAAAACUUGCGGCCAUUUUGGAUGACAUGAACAUAGUCCAUGUGCGUGGAACUCCAGCCAGUGGGAAAACACGUCUCUCUGAACUUUUGAGAGACUACUAUCGCAAAGAGGGAAGAAGAGCUUUCUUAAUCAAAAGAUGGGAAGGACUCAAUUUUAAGAAUCCUUGGGGCAGUCUUGUCGAGCUUGUUGAGAAAUGGAAUGAUGAAGCACAGGAAGCUCCCACCACAACUUCACAAUCAGAGCAGGAUCUCUCUUGGGUUUUGACAUCAAACACUGUUAUUAUUGUGGAUGAGGCACAGGCGACCUACAGUGAUGAUACGCUCUGGAACACAAUCUUCAAAGAGAGACUAACCCCUAAUGUUUACAAAUUUCGACUAUGUCUUUUCUGCUCUUACGGCAGUCCAGCAACAGGCCCAGAUCCAACAUUCUUCACUCCAGUCAAGUUUUCUGACGAACAACGCAUCUCAUUGACGCCACAAAACCAGCAAGACUCACCACCUAUUGGUCUAUUUUAUGACAAAGAAGAGUUCAGGGAUGUCAUUUCAUGA